UCCUUACCAUCUUACGAUCUCGUGCAAAGUCAUUCCGGUUUUCAAUAUCGACCGGAGUGCUUUGUUCGAGUUCCUUUCUUCUCGUCAUAGUACCACCACAUCUCAAUUCUUGACAAUAGUCGAGCGAAGUACACGACUUGAUUUCCUUCUCGAUUUCACAUAUCCAGUUCUCGAUUCUAUUCCCCCACUGAUUGAUAUCUCUCAUUCUUCACUCCGAUGUUGUGUCCAUCUCUUCUUGCCAGCCGUGUUGAGUGAUGGCUUGUACAGAGGCCUACGUGUUUUCAUGUUCUGGAACUUCACCACCGCUCCUUUAAUUUGAACAUCGCCAGUCGACGUGGUUCAAACGUGAACGAAAAGCAGCAUUACUAUGCGGAAGGUGUGCUGCAUUCCAUCAGAUCUCCAAAAUUCAAGCGGUAGAUAAGCGGAGCCCAAUUUCGGGAAUGCAUUAAGGUCUUCCAUUAUGGCGACCGGGCGACCUGAGCUAUAGCGGCAGCCUUGCGCCUCGAUUGAAACUCUUCUCUUGUUCAAUAACUAGCGCUGAUCAAAAUCCCAGCCAACAGCUCGCUUUCAGUUGCGGUUGUUGAUUUUCAUACACACUGUACAGAUCGAUCUGCACCAGGAGGAACAAUUCUAGUCAGCUAUUCUUCCAGAUAGCCUCAUCAGACGAACAAACGGUGGGAUUCAGGGAAGAGUGAAACGUCGCUUACGCUUGUACGCUCGGAGCCAGUAGUAGAUAUGACGAAGUGCAGAGAUGUGCUCGACUCGGCAUUGAUCGGAAAUUACAUGAAGCUGAUGGAAGAUCUGCGAAGCCUGAGGACCAGAGGCAGUUGUUCAGAGGCAGAAGUGUUUUUAGGAGCGCUCGGACAGUACAACAGAUUCUUCCACGAAGAGUCUUUAUCCCGUCUUGAUCGAAAUGCUAAAGAAAUUUUGAAUGGGGACUUGCAUAGCGCUUGUUGGGAAGUGGAGGAGCUCCGUCGAUGGAACUUACUCUGGUCACAUCUCAAGUUUCAGUCUCCGAGGCGCCAGCUUAAGAAACGGAGGAAGAUUGUGGUGCAAUCCGUGCAGAUAUGUAUAGACGUGUCAAAGCUCCCGGGAAUCAGUCACUCAAGACGACGAAAUGGACAUCACUCUUGUCAAAAAUUGGAGUUAUCCUCAAAAGAUGAUGUACAGACAUACGCGACAUGUGAACAAGUAACUAAUCGUUCAUCGUGUUUUGGUACAGCAGUCAAUGUUUGAAACCUCGAGUAACUACGGAUGCCUGAAAUCCUUCAGGUUCCAUGCCCAAACUCUGUCAGAAAGAGGACCAAAUAACUAUACCCAGGAUGUCAUGUAUUUCCAUCACUGCGAGCAAACCUCAUACUGACCGUCAGCUAUCUUUUUCCUGAAUUUCUUGAUUUCUUGUUCUCUCCCCAUUUUUCCAAAUUUUUUCAGUAUCCACAUCAUCAUGCACUUAUCAAGGUUUUAAAGACUGUACAGACUUCUCCACUGCAGACCCGUCGAGCCCCUGACCCGAAUUUGUACAACACAACACGCAAGCAUAUCCAUAACUUCCACGCAAUAAUUCCAGGGCAUCCUUCUGGAAAGUCUUGGCAUUUACUGCGAUUCCUACUCUUGUUGUUUCAAUGUCAAUAUGCUUGCUUGAAGACUCGAACAGUCCACUGCCCUGCCACAAUGAUGAGGUAAGCUUGAUGUCGAGUAUGUUCAUUUCGUCCUUGUAUCCUUCCUACUGAAUAGAGAGCAGGCUUGAGUCAAAUUCGAGGACAAAUUGUGAAUCCAUGGAAAGUCGAGGAAUUGUAUAUACACGUGCUGUACGGGAGCACCACAACAGGAUAAGCAGAUAUUUACCUUCGCUCCUUCAAUGUGGAAUCAAUGAUGGUGGAAGGCAUCAAAGCUGGAAACUUGGACGUGAAAGUAAACCCUUGUUAUAUACUUCUACUGAAGUUUACCCAUC